CACACACACACACACACACACACACACACAAUCACGCACGCACGCACACAUAAUCACGCACGCACGCGAACACACACGCACACACACACGCACACACGCACGCACAAACUCAACGGAGUGGGAAAACAAUCCGCCGCUCGUUCGUAUGUCGCAGUAAAGUUGAUAUCGUAAUGGUAUUUUGUUUUGAACAGUUGCUGUUAGCUGUGAGCGCAAGUUCCCUCAUAAGGUAAGGUGGUACUGGAGACCGAUGGAAGUCUAAAUGGCACAUGUAUAAUUAGACUGUCCAUUCAGCACAUUGUCCCGGCUGCUAUACAGGGACGCUCGCCCUGUCCCGCUCUAUAGGAGCGCGUCUCUGGCGGCGCAGCGCAGCACGCCACUGUUAAAGAUUCUCUGCAAGUGGAUCUCGUGGUGACUUUUGCAGCUGAGCAAAGUUCCGGAUUGGACCUGAAUAGAGAGGCUUGCGGACGCAUGUGCCAGUCAAUUUCACAAGUUCCAAAUCAACCAACCAGUGAUAACUGGGAGCUGGGGAUUGAGUCCUUUAGUUUUUAACCCCACGCGCUGACAUGGAGGGCUUUCUUCGUAGCAGCUAUUUACUGAGUAGAAUUAUGUCUUCCAAGCAAGCCACGUCUCCGUUCGCAUCAGUGGCCGACGGCGAGGACACCCUGAACCAAGAGCACCUGUCCUGGGACAAGGAGGAGAGCAUGGAGGCCCACACCACGCCCCAGAUCCCCCUGCACAGCCUGCUGCACGGCAAGGUCCACCCCGACGAGAUGCAGCCCCUCAGCAGCCUCCCCCCGGAGACAGACUGGGACAGCCUGGUGUCAGCCCAGCAGCGCAUGGAAUCUGACAGCAAUAAAGUAUGCUCUCUCUACUCCUUCCGGAAUAACUCAACCUCGCCACACAAGCCGGAGGAGGGGGCCCGGGAACGCGGCGACAUGCUGAGCGCCUCGGCCUUCGGAACACCUGAGCGCCGCAAGGGAAGCCUGGCGGACGUGGUGGACACGCUGAAGCAGAAGAAGCUGGAGGAGAUGACAAAGACAGAGCAGGACGAGUCUUCAUGCAUGGAGAAGCUUCUGUCUAAAGACUGGAAAGAGAAGAUGGAGAGGCUAAACACCAGCGAACUCCUGGCAGAAGUCAAAGGUACUCCAGAGAGCCUCGCUGAGAAGGAGCACCAGCUCUCCACUAUGAUCGGCCAGCUGAUCAGCCUGCGAGAACAGCUCCUGGCCGCCCACGAUGAGCAGAAGAAACUGGCCGCCUCGCAGAUGGAGAAGCAGAGGCAACAGAUGGAGCUGGCUCGGCAGCAGCAGGAACAGAUCGCCAGACAACAGCAGCAGCUCCUGCAACAACAGCACAAGAUCAACGUUCUCCAGCAGCAGAUCCAGCAGGUCCAGGGUCACAUGCCUCCGCUCAUGAUCCCCAUUUUUCCACACGACCAGCGCACGCUGGCAGCCGCUGCUGCCGCCCAGCAAGGCUUCCUCUUCCCUCCAGGAAUGUCUUACAAGCCAGGUGAUAACUAUCCCGUGCAGUUCAUUCCAUCCACGAUGGCAGGCGCGGCCGCGUCCGGGCUCAGCCCCCUCCAGCUGCAGCAACUGUACGCCGCCCAGCUCGCCAGCAUGCAGGUCUCUCCCGGAGCCAAAAUGUCCCACCUCCAACAGCCCACCAACGCCAGCGGGCCCAUCUCUCCGUCCUCUCUGAAGAAUGACAAGAGAUCCUCAAGUCCUAUGGUGCAAGUCAAGGAGGAGGGCACACAGCCUCUCAACCUCUCUGCCCGGCCCAAGGACCUGGGGAAGUCCCCCAACUCCCCAACAGGGAACUUGUUCUCCAGCAGCAAAGGCAGCCCCAACAGCAUGAUGGGGAAGGGAGGCCUCUCUAGCCCCCUGGGUGGAGGCCUCGGCCGGGGCUCCUCUCUGGAUAUCCUCUCCAGUCUGAAUUCAACUGCGUUGUUUGGGGACCAGGAUGCUGUGAUGAAGGCCAUUCAAGAGGCCAGGAAGAUGAGAGAGCAGAUCCAGAGGGAGCAUCACCAGCAGGGCCUGGAAGCCAAGCUCUCUGCCCUCACCUCCAUGGGCCUCAACAACUGCCGAGUUGACAAGGAAAGGGCUCAUUUUGAGAGCCUUGGGCACCAUCUUGGCAAGUUGGGUGAAGAUGGAAAGAUUGGCCAUAGAGUCAUCGACCUCACCAGGCCAGAAGACCUCGAUGGGCGCAAAGCAGUCAAUGGCUCAGCCCAUAAAGCACAACCCUAUUAUUGUUGGCCAACAGGAGGCGCCAGCACCACCGAGGCACGGGUCUACAGGGAGGCCCGAGGGCGUAACACUACCGAGCCCCACAUCAAGAGGCCCAUGAACGCCUUCAUGGUCUGGGCCAAGGACGAGCGGCGCAAGAUCCUCCAGGCCUUCCCUGACAUGCACAACUCCAACAUCAGCAAAAUCCUGGGUUCAAGGUGGAAGUCCAUGUCUAACCAGGAAAAACAGCCUUACUAUGAGGAACAGGCCCGCCUCAGUAAAAUUCACCUAGAGAAGUACCCUAACUACAAGUACAAGCCCCGACCCAAGCGGACCUGCAUUAUCGACGGUAAGAAGCUCCGCAUUGGCGAGUACAAGCAGAUGAUGCGCUCACGACGACAAGAAAUGAGGCAGUUCUUCACUGUGGGUCAGCAGGCGCAGAUCCCCAUCAGCACCAGUGCGGGUGUUGUCUACCCCGGGGCCAUAACCAUGGCGACCACCACACCCUCCCCUCAGAUGACCUCCGAGUGCUCAAGCGCGUCGGCCAGUCCCGAGCCCCCCCUCCCCGUCAUCCAGAGCACCUUCAACAUGAAGCUUGAGCCCAGCCCUCUGCUGGUGAACAGCAGCAGCGAGCGCCCCAACGGCGUGGAGGAGAUGGACCUGUACGAGGACUUUGAGGAGGAGCCCAAGUCGGACUAUAGCAGCGAGAACGAGGUGCCGGAGCCCGUCAGCGCCACCUAAGGCGCCGCUCACAGCAAAACGAACACCAAUCAGAACCAUUGGGGAUGGGCGUACCGGACGCACUCGCAACACACCACAAAACUCAUCCGAAAAGCGGAUUGGCCCGGGGAGCCCAGAGACUGAUCUGAAGGGAGGAGGGGAGGAGGGGAGGAGGGGGGCGAGAAAAUGAAAAAAAAAACAUUGAGUUCAAAGUAAAUAGAUGACUUAAGAAAAAAAAGAGAAACUCUCUUAAUGAUGUAUCCUCCACGAGCCAGCAUGCGGACGUGGCUUCAUGAGAUCAACACAUAUUGGGUCUUAAGUGUUUUCUACAGUGUGUGUAAAGCAGUUUGGUUGUAGUUUGUUUUUUCUUUUUUUUUAUCUCGCUGUUCAUUUGUAUGUCGUUAUCAUGGACAUUUACACAAUUGGGUUUGAGCGUACCAUUGGAAUUGAAAUUUAGUAUUUGAUAUAAAUCUGUUAUUCUUAAAGUAAUUUACCUUUUUCACAUCAGUUUGAUGCUUAUGAUAUGUUACAUUACUGUUUGUGAUGGGAAAUCUGUUCUCACUCAGGUAUGCUGUGACAGGAACCAGCUUUUGAAUGUUUUCAAUCUGAAUUUAAGUAUAGGCAUACUAUUCCAUUCUUAAGGAGUUAUACAACAAUGGAAUUAUUAUUAUUAUUAUAAUUAUACAAACUGUACCAUUUUGUGCAGAAGUGCCAAACAUUUAUAAUUUUCUCCUUAAAACCUUUCAAGAUCUUUGAGAGAGGCCGCAUGAGUCUUAGACAAUCUCUUGACCUCUUAGUGCAGCUUCAGUCUUUCUUCCUUUUUCGUUUAUCCAAGCAGGAAAUACAACGUAAAAACAAAUAGAACUCAGGAACUUUAAAGCGGGCGUAGCAAGUGAUAUGGCGUCUUGGUGAUGCGGUGACUUGCAAUGCUGCUUCCUGGGAGCCCAUAAUGCAGUGAUCAUCAGCCCUGACCCACCCCCUCCAAUGUCUCCUGUAGAGCAGUUAAGUCUUGUGCCGCCGCAUCAGCCUCUUGUUUCUAGCUCUCCAAUCUAGUCUUACUCACUAAGUUCUUAAUCAGAAUGACUGUAAUCAGGCCAGGACGCUAAAGGGCCAAACGCAUCCAAUCUCCCCGUUUGGACCAGCAGCAAAAGGCAGCUUUGGGAGCAUUACAAUCUCAAAGUGAUGUUGUACAUUGUGACUCCACACUGCAUUCUGUUAAACACUUGAGCCCCAUUUGGAGGACAUGUUUAAAGUCUUUGGUCUUAAACUUUUUUUUUUCCUCCUACAAUCCAGUCUUUAGAGACAUUGUAAAUCUUAAAUUGACACUAAGAAGUCUUAAGGAAAGGUUUGGUUAUCUUGUUGAUGCUUUCAGUUGAUUACAGCAGCAGUCUUGGGCUGGUUUAUUCCCGGAACCAGACAAGGUCAAAUGUACCACACACACACCAUGGCUACUGUAUAAACUAACGCGUGACGUUUAUUGUUAUGCAUUUCUCUGCAUCUGCAUAUUUCUUUACAUAGCAUUUCUCCUCAACAGACUUUCCCUCGCUAGAUUGAAGCAUGUUGUGCUGCUCGUCGAACGACGACACUUUGGAAGGGCACUUAUCUUUUGCAUUUAAUGCACGAGUACACAGCUAACAAAAUAGGAGUCCGCCUUCGGGAGCUUGCUCUCGGCUAAACCCAGCUCCAGCGGUGGCAGAGGCUUUUUCUAGCAAGACCUCCCUCCCGCUUUGCGGGGGUAGAGGGGUCUAAGUGUCCCCCCCACAUCCCCCGUCCCCGCGCCCCGUUGCCUGCCCCGCGUCCAACCCUAAAACACCCAGGGGUGCGCCAUCUGGCUCCGGGCAAGGGGUGGGGGGGUCAGGCGGAGGUGCUUACCAGGAGGAAUAGGCGGGAGGGGGGGGAACAAUAAAUAUAGGAUGUGCAUCGCUCAUUGUGUUCCCUCCAUCAAAGUGUGUGAGCAGGAAGGCCUCAACAGGGGCCGCCACGCUGGCCCAGUCACCAGGCGCUGGUGAGCAGAUGGAACAAGUACAUCAAGCUGUGGGGGAUUAUUGAAAUGAGUGACGAGUGGCAAUCAUCUCAAAUACUGCAUUAUUAAUGCAUGGUUCCAGCUAUUCUCCUUUUGCCCUUGAACCUGUCGACCUAAAGUAGGAGCCUAGAGUUUCGUAAGAGACCCAGAUAGUCUCUGGCUCUUACUGGGCAGGAUCUCCACUGUUGGUCACUGCAUCACUCGCUUAGAUUGAAUUGGUACAAAUUGAUGUAUAUAUAUAUAGUAUGUGAAAGAAAUUCAAAGCUGGCUGUUAUGGCAUUGUCUCCGCCAUUAAACGCAUUCAUCCACGUCAGUUUGUAAGUUUGAAACACCUCACUGUUCAUUUUUAGUUUUGUUUCCAUUCUUUUUCUUUAUUGUGUUGCUCUUGUUUUGAGGCACAGCACAUGCUUCUAGGAUAGCUAACCCACAAAGAAACUUGUAAAGGAUUUCCCUCCAGGUCGACCCGUCUGGUGUUUUUAAGCUGUUACUCCUGUUUGCUGGUGGAUUAACUAAUUUGUAUGUGAUUGUAAAUAUUUUCAUGACCAUGCCAAUCCGAUUCAGUGGGCUGGUAGUGAAAACGGACUCUCGAUGGAACUGAAACUUGACUGUGCUAUGUAGCAAAAAAAAAAAAAGAACAAAAAAAAGAAAAUUAUGACAACAAAGAACUCAUAUCUCUUGAGGAGAUGCUGUUUCAUAAGUGUUAACAAGCACUGGAUAUAAAUUGUAUUUUUAUCAAUUCUGAGUAAUGUGAAGCUGUUUGCUGAGUAAAAAAGAAAAUACCAUUUCCGCAUUUGAACUCAAGUGUGUCUUGUCAGACACCUGAUUCAAGUCUUCAAAUAUUUUUCUGUCUGCUUAUUUUGUUUAUUUAUGCAAAGAUCCAUGUGAUGAUUGAACAUUUUGUUUAAGCUUCAGGUCAGGGCUGCCUAGGAAGAGAGUCAACAGAGAGAAAGAGAGAGAUAGAGGGAGAGAAAUUCAACAUCCUACAUGCAUAGCAAAUGGUUAGAAAUACAUUAGAGGUCAGAAGUCCAUUGUAUAUUGUCUGUCGCGUGUAUUCAUGUUUUAAUAUAUUUAUUAGCCACUAUUGGCUCUAAAAUUGUUGGUUAACCAUUAGUCAACAAAUGGACAAUCAAAUCGACAGAAUUAAAACUCACCGAUUAGACUGCAGAACAAAAAGCAUUUCAAUAUAUUUGCCAACUCGUUAGGCGUUUAUUGUAAAUAUAACAUUGGAAAUAGAUUUUAUUUUUUUCCCAUGGGUACUUAAUGAAGUAUAAGUUAUGUAUUUGAUCAUUUUGUUUUUACUUUUUUGUAUGUGCAUGUAUGUCUUUAAGCCUGACAAGUCACUGUACCUCACGUAGAUGCUGAAUAUUUCUCCCAGGAGAGCAGGACCUUAGAUAGUGAUGUUUUGAUAAUCUUCCCAAUUUAAAGACAAAUCAAUGAAAAAAUAAAUCAGUAUUUACAAUCGAAAUCUUUUUGAUAUGACAAGUAAAGUUAUCAAAAAUAAGGUACUACAAACACUUAACAAAAGUGAGUUAUUUCAACCACGGCAUUCAUAUAAUGUAUAAUCCAACUUGUGUUUUGGCUAAGUAAAGCACUCAUUUGAAGAGGAUUUUUUUGAGGAGCAAUACUAAUACAAAUAAUAAUAAACAUGCAUGUAUUUGGCUUGCAUUUACACAGUAUAGGAAUGAACAAAAGUUGUUUUUUUAUGAACAUUUCUUUGUUGAAAACACAACUGACAUUCUUGUAGUUUUUUUACAAGUUGGGAGUGUGCAAGUAUUUAUUAGUUUUUAACAUGGAAUAAUGCAGUCACCCGAGUGCAUUCUUACUCUAUAUUCUCUUUGCCAUUUUUAUAUGUUGCUAAUUUUAAUGAACUUGUUCUUGUAGACUACCCAGCCAUCAGCAGUUUAGCUCCAUACAACCCCUUUAUCAAUCUAACUAUAAGAGAUGCCGUUGCAUUUGAUUCAAAACUGAAGACUUGUAAUGCUGUUUCAACAUUACUUACUGUACAUUUUGUUUUUGCCUGUCUGAACUCUGUGAUGUAUAUGGUGGGGAUUAUUCUCUCUAAUUAAGUUAAUCAGCACAAUUCACUGAUAUGCUGGACAGAGAUGCUAGCUGGCGUUCUUACGUGUAUCAAUGGUUCAGGACAGCAUUUCUAGUUGUCUUUACAGAACUUUGCUUUUGAGCUUAUUUUGUCUUAAGCAACACUGUGUGGCUCUUUGAGUAUUGGGGCCGUUCAUUUGAGAUUGCUGGCAGCCUGGUACAGUUCUGUGCAUAGAAUCCCUUAUCCUGGCAGGUACCUAGACCCAUGUCAAGUAUUGUUUGGGUGUUAUUAGAGUAAAUGAAAUACAUAGUGUCUGUUGCUGCUUUGAAAAAAAAAUAUUUCUGAAUAUGUAAAUAGUUUAUCAUAAUAUCUUGUACAGUCCAGUGUAAAGUUUUUAAUUCAACCUAAAACGGUUGCCAUUACAUUUCUGUUCACAUUCUCCUUUAUACAGUACACAAAAAUCAAUUAUUUGCUAAGGAUGUUAUUGUUAAAAGGAAAAAAAAGACAAUGGUACUAAACUAUUUUACGUUUUUUGUUUUUGAUUUUUUUGCUUGGCUUCAAAGUGUAAACCAGCAAGUCUUUGGUUUCCAUGUGCAGUAUUGACGUGAGGUAAAAUUAAUUCAACAGUGGUGUUUUUGGGGAACAAUCCCCUCUUGCUUUGGUAGUAUUAAAACACUAUUUGAAACGAAUUCAAACCGGAAGAGUGACACGUUGGGGCUUCGGGGGAGGGGGGUAUGUCGCACCUUGGAAAUGUGUUCAAAUGUUUAGAUGGUCCUCCCUACAGGAUGCAUUUAGGCAAAUUAUAAUGUAACACCAUUUUCUGUAUGUAAUUAGUCCAUUGACGUAAAAAGGCAGUCAUGCGCUGUAUAACUGCCUGUUUGAGAUCAUUUACCUCAAGAACUUUCUCCUUUUCUGUAAACGAGUAAAAAACAUUGUGUGACAAAAAAACAUCUCACCAUCACUCCAUCUUUUGUACUGCUGUUGACACUUACAAAUUAAAGAGACAUUUUGUUUUAAAGUU